CUAGCACUGAAGGACUAGAUUUCAGAUCAACUGGAGCCAUCUCGCCGUUGAGUUCCUCCCUGGCAAUGGAGAAGUUGGUUACCGGUCUCUUUGUGUUUCAAAUGUGGGUCUGUUACCGGUGAAUAGAAACUAGAGGUUGAAGAAGAGAGAAGAAAGCAUCCAUUUUCGUCUGCACUUCAUUUUGUUGCUCAAGUAUCUGCAACAAUGAUCUCCUCAAGAACCAGAACUGGGUUGUUUGAAGCGCCGCACAAGACCUCUCCUGCUACUCCUAGGGCUAACAAAUUGAGUAGAGCAGGAAGCAAGUCUGAACAUGAAUCUUCUCCCUCCCCUCUUCAACCCGGCAGGCUUUCAGUUGAUAGGUCGCCUAGAUCGGUCGAUUCUCGGCCGAGAUCGGUUGAUUCAAGACCCGGGGAACGACGAUCGCCCAAAAUCGCUACGCCUGAGAAGCGCGUGGUUAAGGGACCGGAGUUGCAGAGCCAACUGGGGCUUCUUCAGGAAGAUCUGAAGAAAACAAAGGAGCUGUUAGAGAAAACCGAGGCUGAGAAAUCAAAAGCAAUUGAAGAUCUGAAGGAAGCAAAGAGAGCUGCUGAGGAAGCGAAUGAGAAACUGAGUGAGGCACUUGUUCUCCAGAAGCGAGCUGAAGAGAAUUCUGAGAUUGAGAAGUUCCGGGCAGAUGAAUUGGAGCAGGCGAGCAUCGAUGCGGCUCAGAACAUUGAGCAGAAGUGGCAGUCGGAAAUUGAGCUUGUGAAGAAGCAGCAUUUAGAUGAGGUGUCGGCAUUGCUCUCUGCAAAUGAGGAGGUGGACAGGAUCAAGCAGGAGCUAGCCAUGGUAGCUGAAGCAAAGAAUGCAGCUCUGGUUCAUGCGGACAGUGCAAUGAAAAUUGCAGAGGAGAAUGCUAAGAAAGUGGAGGAUUUGAACCGGGAGUUGGUUCAAGUUAGGGAAACGUUGGAUACAACUCGUGCCUCUCAGUUGGCUGUGAAUGAAGAAAAGGCUAUGAUUGAUGCAAUGUGGGAAUCCAAAGCGAAGGAGGCUUCUGAAUUGGUGGAAAGAUUGGGUUUUGAAAUUGAAUCCUUAAAACAAGAACUUGCGAGAGCAAGGGUGGCUGAGGAGAAACUUGUGGAAACUGAAGGAAUGAUUGAAAAGCUGAAAGUUGAACUUAAUGAUGCCAAAAAUUCAGAGUCUGAUGCUGUGGAUUCGGCUGCAGCCUGGAAGAAAAAGGUGGAAUUGUUGGAAGUUGAAGUCACAAAAGCAAAAUCUUCUGAGAAAACUGCAAACGAAUCUGUAGUUUCAUUGCUGAAACAGUUGGAGGAGAGCAACAAGUUCCUCCAGGAGGCUGAAGCCCAAAUAGUUUCACUUACAGAAAGCAUUGAAUCUUUGGAGAUGUCACUUGGAAAACAGCAAGGUGAUCUGAAAAAAUCAGACCAGCAAAUUGAGGCAGCCAAAGCAGAAGCAGAUUCUAUGGCAAAUACAAUUGAGACUCUAAAAAAGGAGAUUGAGAGGUUGAAGGAGGAUAAGGCACAGGCUAAUGAGAAUGAAGAGAUGAUAGCUUUGAAGAUUCAAAGUCUGAUGGAGGAGAAGAGCAAGCUCAGUGAUGAGCUACGAGUAGCUAGAGAAGAAGAAGAGAAAAGUAAGAAUGCAAUGGAUGAUUUAGCUCUGGCUUUACGUGAAGUUUCCAUGGAGACCAAUAAAGUCAAAGAAAGUCUUGCUACUACUGAAGACCAACUUGCAGAGGCACGAUCCCAGAUUGAAGAUCUGAAGAUGGUGCUUCAAGUGACAGAGGAAAAAUAUCAGGUUCUGGUUGGUGAAGCAAGGAAGGAGGUUGAUCACUAUAAAGAUAUUGCUCUGAAGAAUGACCUUGAAUUGCAAAGCUCAAGGGCAGAUUGGGAGGAAAAGGAACUUAAAUUCUUGAGUUGUAUGAAGAAAUCAGAGGAAGAAAUCAUGCUUCUUAAAGAGGAGUCGGAUAAGUUGGCUGGUUCCUUUAAAGCUGCAGUUUCUGAAGCUCAAAUGGCAAAGGAAGAUGGUAUCCAACUGCAAGAUUCUUUUGGCCAACUGAAGGCUGAAGCUGACGCUGCAAGGCAAGCUACUGAAGAUGCAACACAUGAGAGUCUGCGGUUGAAGGAGAUUCUUCAUGACAAGGAGAAUGAGCUAGCAAGGAUCAAUCAAGAAAAUAAAGAUCUUCAUGCCAGAGAAGCUGCUGCUUUGGAGAAAAUUGAAGAGCUGACAAAACUGUUAGAAGAAAGAACCUCAAUAAGAGCCAAGGAAGAUGAUCAAUUAGUGAACAAAGAGAAGAGCCUGGAAGUGACAAGGAAAGCUGAGGUUGUUGAUGAAGCACCAUGUGAGAAUAUCAAUGAGAAAUCUAUUUUGGUUGUUACCCCAGAUAACAUAGAGAAGCAGGAUGAAGAUAAGGUCUCUGUUAAUGUUGAUCUAGUAGAACUAAAACCGGAGUCUGAAAAUGGGAACGGGAAGGGCAAUGAGAAUGGCAAGGACGAAGGUGAUUCUCUUGAUGUUGAGGUAUCAACAUGGGAAAACUGCAAGAUCAGUGACAAGGAGGCAUCCCCUAAGAGUAAUGGGCAGGGAGCUGUGGAUGAGGAUUUUGACUCGAAAAUGGACUGUGAUGAUUUAAUCCAGACAAAUGGAUUAGCAACAGAAAGUGCAGAGAAUGGUGCAAACAUGCUGCAAACACAGCAACAUAAAAAGAAGAAGGCAUUGUUGCACAAGUUUGGAGGUCUCCUGAGAAAAAAAAAUAGCCACAAGUAGCAUAUUCAGAAGUACAGAAGUUUCUGGUGACUAUAUUGCAAAGGUUAACUUGAUGGAAGGUCUGCCUCUUAGCAUGGACUUAAGUUGCUCAACUGAGGUCCUGAUUUACAGAUUAAAGUUUUCACUUGCUCAUUCCUGGUCAUAUGUGUGCGCAAAAUUUUUGGGUUGUUGUAGCUCACUUCCGAAGUGUUGAGCAAACAGUGAAGGUGAAGUACUGAUCUACAGCUAGAUAGGGCAACUCUUGCUAAAACCACCAAUGAAAAUUUCAAGUUUGCAGACUCAGCGGUUGUCCGAGUGAACUGGUGACAGCCAGAGUUUGGGUUCUGUGGUUUCACAAUUGUAGUAUGGAAGAAAAGGACUCCUGCACAUGCAGAGUCGUGUAUGUAUGCGUGCAUGUCUGUUUCUGUACGUAUUUUGUGCGCUUCUCUUGGUUGGCGAUCUAGCUUGUCUGUAACCCACAUGGUGGACAUGAUUAUUUUAAACUUUUAUUGCCUGGAAC